CAAAAGCAGUUUACGGGACAAAUUAUAUAAAAGUUAUAUAUAAAAGAAAUCUUAUUUAUGUUUGCAUAUUUAAAAUGUGUAUAUAUUGCAGCAACAGCUAAGCGUAUGCCGUCAUUCCUUUCUGAGGACAAACAAGCACGACUUAUUGAAGCGGCCUACAGAUGUUGUUUACAGAUUGGAUUGUCCGAUGGUACAUUUAAUGUCGAGUUUAAAUUGACCGAGAAUGGACCGAAGCUACUGGAAAUCAAUUCGAGGAUGGGCGGAUAUUGCUUACGGGAUUGGUUGAGGAAAUUGUACGGUAUAGAUAUCAUGCUAUGCGCUAUGAUGAUUGCAGCUGGCAUUUCUCCCUACGUACGUACACCUCCUAUAGAUGAAAUACUUAUUGGUGUAAUGGUCAUACCUUCACUGCAUGCGAAAAUAUUAAAUGAAGAGCCUCUUAGAAACCUGUUGUAUGAAAUGAUAGAGAAAGAGGAAAUUUUCUUUCUACAGUUUCGCAAACUAGGUCAGAAUUUGCCUUACGACGAACCUUUCGGUAAUAUUGCUGUCUCUGGUUCCACGUCACAAGAAGCAAAACGAAAAUUGAUGGAAGUUUGUAGAGUGCUGGACAUUGAUCAACCAGACUAUCAAGUGGAGCAGUUUAUCCAACAUUUUUAGAUGUAAUGAUAUUAUAUAUUUUAGGCGUUUGUUUGUAGUAUCUGAACAUUAUCAUAUUUUAGAGUAAAGUGCACAUAAAUUGUAUUCUGGUAAAAAACGCUUUGUAUAAUCAAGCCGUUUGCAAAUUAGAUAUAUUUAUAGCAGACCUGUAUCUUCAUUUAUGAACUAUUGUUAAAUAAUGAUGUAUUCCUGACAUAUAAUUGUAUUUAUCAAAUUAUGAAAUAAAUCAAUAUGUCCAUGCACUUUGUU